AUGCCGGCCGCCAUCACAGUGCAUCCUUUGGUACUUCUCAGCGUCGUGGAUCACGUGACCCGGGUAGGCCUACAACACCAGCAACAGCUGCAGUCGCAGAAAAGGGGGAACACUCCUGAUGUCGCCGCCGCCUCCCCUCCGGCCCCCGCUUUCCUGUCCACUGCAGGUUUGCUGAUGGGGACCACGAAAGCGUCCGGUCCUUCUGACGCCAGCACAUGCGGCGCUGGUGGCAGCAGCCAAGUCAUCACCACGACGCUCUCCGCUUCCUUCGAGCUUCCGCUACGGCUGCAGCCGACUGACGGUGUGGCAGUGAAUGUGGCGGCUUCUGGAGAUGCUACCUUUCUUAAGCGCGUACUCAGAGACGACACUGACUGGCCAGGGGUGCAGAAGCACCGCGAGCAGCUCAACGCUGUGAUGCCUGAGCUGGACGUGGUAGGAUGCUACGUGGUGUGUGCCGGCUCACGGUGGACGAGCACGACGCACCGGAGAGGUGGCGAUGACGGAGACGGCUUUCCGUUGUCGAUUGAAAGUGCUGUCAAGAAGGCCAAGGGCGAGGCAAUAGGGGAUGUGGGUGGCAUCGUGGCGAUCGCAAACUGUGUCCAACAGCUGCUGCGCAGCACCGCACUGUUGCCUCCGACGGCUACGGGAUUUGUUUUGCUGGUAGUAUACGACAAGGAGGUGACGAGCGCUGCCAGCGAAACGGGCACCGCUGCGCCCAGUCUUCAGCAGUCCCCCGUAGCGGUGCGGCUGCCCUUUGACUGUUUCUACGUCUCAGCCACCACCGUCAGCGACGCACUGUCAUCGGAGGAAGUAGAGGUGGGCCCUGCGGAUAUGGAGUGGAUCGCCUUGGCGAAUGAAACUGUGAUGCCACGCCGCCGCCAGGGCUCGACAGCCAUUUCGUCUGCAGCCCAGGCCCCCGCUGCGAGAGAGACAACAAACACGCGAACUCCAUUGAUGGCUUCGCCACAGAACUUUAGUGCCGCCGAGGAGCUCGUUGGCAGCCUUCGACUUGUCAUGCGGCUGCUUGUCAAGAUGACCGAAUCGACGCUGAGCACAACGGCGACGGUGCCAGGCGACGUUGAGCUACUGAGAACUGUGGCGACGUGCCUGCGCAAUGUGCCUGACAGCCGCCCAUCUCCUUCGCCUGGCGACUCCACAGCCCCGUGUGCGCUACAGACAGUGGAAGUACUUAGCGCAGUACUAGCUCUUGAGGUGCAGUGCGCAUUGCACAUGCGUUCGCUGAGUAAAGCACAGCAGCAGCUGCUAAGCAGCAAUCGCCCCGCCAUGGAGGCUCUUCACUCCACGACUCGCUCGCCCAAGGCCGCCAAUGCGCCGCCACCGGAUGCAAAGGUAGGGCGGCCGACACACGGGCGCGACAAGCGCAGCGGCGUCCCCACAGCUGCCCUGGGACACGUACGAGAGUAG